GCUCACUGCUCCGCCUCCCCAAGCCUAUUGCGGUGGAGCAAGAGCCGGUCCCGCCCUUCGGUGGGCGCCCCUCCGCUCCUCUCGGGUCUAUGGAGGAAAAACGGCGCUGGCCCCGCGGUUCCCAUGGCCGCAGUCGCCUGCGGCACCAAGGCCAUGUCCCUUUUCAAGCGGACCUUGGUGCUGAGCCCCGGCGCGGCGCCCAGGGGCGCGGGCACUCCGCCGCGCGGCUGCCCCUUGCCCCCCGCCGCUUGGCCCUCCAAGGACCGGCCGCGGGGAGAGGGCGUGUGCGGCCGGCUGCGGAGCCCCGCGGUAGCCGGCCGCCCGCCCCAGCCCCGCUCCAGCCCCUCCGCGUCUCCCACCGCCGUGUGUCUCCUCUGCCCGCAGGACUCGCUCAGCAGCAGCUUGAAAACUUGUUACAAGUACUUGAAUCAGACCAGUCGCAGUUUCGCAGCUGUUAUCCAGGCGCUGGAUGGGGAAAUGCGCCAUGCAGUAUGCAUAUUUUAUCUGGUUCUCCGAGCGCUGGACACUCUGGAAGAUGACAUGACCAUCAGUAUAGAAAGAAAGGUCCCCCUGUUACACAACUUCCACUCGUACCUUUAUGAGCCCGACUGGCGGUUCACGGAGAGCAAGGAGAAGGACCGACAAGUCCUGGAGGACUUUCCAACGAUCUCCCUGGAGUUUCGAAAUCUGGCUGAGAAAUACCAAACAGUGAUUGUUGACAUUUGCCGGAAGAUGGGAUUUGGGAUGGCAGAGUUUCUGGAUAAGCGUGUGAUGUCUGAACGGGAGUGGGACAAGUACUGUCACUAUGUUGCUGGGCUGGUGGGAAUUGGCCUUUCUCGUCUGUUCUCGGCCUCAGAGUUAGAAGAUCCCUUAAUUGGUGAAGACACAGAGCUUGCCAACUCUAUGGGCCUGUUUCUGCAGAAAACAAACAUCAUCCGUGAUUAUCUGGAAGACCAGCGAGAAGGAAGAGAGUUUUGGCCUCAAGAGGCUUGGAGCAAGUAUGUGAACAAGCUGGGUGACUUUGCCAAGCCAGAGAACAUGGACUUGGCCGUGCAGUGCCUGAAUGAGCUCAUAGCCAGCACGCUGCACCACAUCCCUGACGUCAUCACUUACCUUUCACGACUCAGAAACCAGAGCAUAUUCAACUUCUGUGCUAUUCCACAGGUCAUGGCCAUUGCCACUUUGGCCGCCUGUUAUAAUAAUCAGCAGGUAUUCAAAGGGGUGGUGAAGAUACGAAAAGGGCAAGCAGUCACCCUGAUGAUGGAUGCCACCAACAUGCCCGCUGUAAAAGCUAUAAUACACCAGUACAUGGAAGAGAUUUAUCACAGAAUCCCCAACUCCGACCCAUGUUCUACUAAAACAAGGCAGAUCAUCUCCACGAUCAGGUCACAGAAUCUUCCCAACUGUCAGCUCAUCUGUCGGAGCCACUACUCACCCAUUUACCUGUCGUUUGUCAUGCUCCUGGCGGCCCUGAGCUGGCAGUAUCUGAGCACCCUGUCCCAGGUCACAGAGGACUAUGUUCAGACCGGAGAACGCUGACUGGGCUUGGUCGGGAGACAGAACAUCCUGGGGAAUGGACUGACCUUCUCUUCAGGGAUGGAUGUGGGCUUCCCCCCUUUUUUCCCUCCUGCUUUAAUUCCUCAAGGAACUCUGUGGGCCUAGAACUUUAGAAACUGUGACAUGUGGUGAAAUUAAGAUUAAAGGGAAAGGACACUUCAGCCUUGGCCACCUGUGUUCACCUGUGCCCACCUGGGCGGGGUGACUGAGGGCUGAGUGUCCACUGCUGUGGGUCACAGUCAGGGCUGCAUCCAGGCCUGCAGAGAGAUCAUACUUAAUGUGAAUACGGGCUAGAAUUAAAUGUAUUUAAUUUGAAGCAACCUUUGAAUACCUAUCCUAGUAGAAAGUGAAGUGCAUUUUCUUUCUGUUCUGUUCCUGUUUUUCUCAUCCUUUUGUUUUCUUCAGUGGACUUGAAUGUAGUAGAUGUGAAUGUUUAGAGUUCUAGGAAUAUUCCCCUGUUUCCUAAGGAUGCAGACUGUCUUCUGCACGUGAAGGCUAGGAAGUAACUUCUGGGUGGGGUUAGCAUUAUUUCCUCAUUUAAAAGUUUAGGUUUCAGGAUCGCCUUUGGUCCCAUCGUAGCAGGUUGGUUUCCAGUUCAGGCUGACGUUUUUGAGACUUUUAUAAUAAAGAACUGAAUUACUCGGCA